CCCUCUUCUCUUCACUCUCUCACGUUAUCCCUCACUCUCUCAUUUUACUCUCAACAAAUAUGCCUCCUUUAUAGGCAUUUCAUGGUCAACAUGGAGGGGCCAAUAAUGCCUUAAAGUAUGCCACCAAUUGUGGCAUGAAUGGAGCUACCACUAACUUGGUGGUGGGGUAUUGCCACUAAAUGACAAUAUCCUAACAUUUCCUACAUUUAAUGCUGGAAAAAAUGUUCAAGGGAAAGAAGGAUACUGCAACAGUUGCCAAGAAGGUGGCUGUGGAGCAGUUGACAGCUUCUCCUUGGAACAACUUGGUUUUCAUGAUUUAUUAUGGGAUGGUUAUUGACGGAAGACCCUGGAUGCAAGUGAAAACUAAACUAAAAAAGGAAUACCCAGCAAUGCAGUUCACAUCAUGGACGUUCUGGCCAGUCGUUGGGUGGGUAAAUCACCAGUACGUGCCACUGCAGUUUCGUGUUAUUUUCCACAGCCUUAGUGCAGUAGUCUGGGGAAUAUUUCUAAACCUCCGAGCAAAGUCAAUGGCGUUGACCAAAGGUUAACAGAAGAACAGAAAUCACCAAAGAUGAAUAAUGCUUCCUGUUGCGUGAACAUAUUAUGUGGCUAGCACAUUGUUUUGAGCAACCAUAAA